AUGGCAUUCAAGGCUCUCCUGCCGUUGCUGGCGCUUGCGGGCGCGGGGUUCGGGUGGCAGCACAAGACCGAGGCCGAAGUUCGCGAUGCCCUCAAGUCCAACGAGUUUAGCCUGGUAGCGUUUGUUUCGCCCUCAACCGACGUGAGCAAAGCCCUCGAGCAGCACUGGUCCGCCGUCGAGGAAGCGAUCCCGACCGCCCUGUCCGUUGACUGCCUGGCCCACCCUUCGCUGUGCGCCGACCUCGACGUUGUCUCUUUCCCCGCCAUCCGGCUGUAUCUCCAAGACGGCACGAAACACCGCUUCCGCGGCCCUAGGAAGGCGUCCGAGAUCGCUGCCUUCGUCCGCCGCAUGCUUCGCCCCGCCGUGACCCUCCUCGACGAACAAUCCGCAACCUCCUUCCGCGACGAAGACGACGUCGUCAUGAUCGCUCACGUGACCGAGUCGGAGACGAACCUGCGCGAGCGCUUCACCGGGAUGGCCGAGCAGUACCGGGACCGUCACACCUUUGGGCUGACGACGAUCGACGAGGCGCCGGGCCGGAUCGGGUGCUACAACAACGCGGACGGGUCGUACCACAUGACCUCGGAGCUGGAUGAGGUCGGCGCCAUGGAGAACCUGCUGCGCUCGUGCGCCUCGCAGCUCGUGCCGCGGUUGACUCGCCGGAACGAGGCCGAGCAUUUGAGCACCGGAAAAUCGCUGGCAUACUUCUUCUCGAAGGACGAGGGGAACCUUGACGCGUGGACGUCCGCCGUCAAGCCGCUGGCGCGCAAGUACCACGAAUACAUCACCUUCGUGACGGUCGACUCGGGCGAGUACCCGGAGAUGCCGGGCCUCUUCGGCCUGCGCGCCAGCGCCAGCGAGGGCGUCGUCGUGCAGAACCCGUCCGCCGGCCUGGCGUUCCCUUUCAAGGGGGACAAGAUCACGGUGGAGGCCGUGGACCGGCACAUCCUUGACAUUUCCGAGGGCAACGCCGAUGCCUGGCAGGUGGGCUCGCCGGCCCUGGAGGAAGAGGAGCCAGAGGAGGUGCCGGCGCAGGCGGGCGAGGAGGAGCAGCAGAAGGCUGCCCGGCAGGAGGAGAAGAAGACCGGGGGCGAAGAGACGAGUGGGGGCAAUGCGGCGGCGCACGACGAGCUCUGA